AUGACAUCUACCGAUAUGGCCCUUCUGGGCACCUUUCAAAAGCACAUUGAAGACAUGCGGGCUCUUGUUCAGUGCAAGGUCUGCCUCAAACCAUUCUACGAGCCAUUCACCCUGUCAUGCGGGCACACAUAUUGCUACUCGUGCCUUUCAAGCUGGCUAGGCGGCAGCCAUAAUCGUCCAAGGUCAAAGAAUUGUCCCGACUGCCGAGCCAUAAUUCGCACUGAGCCAUGUCCGAAUUACACACUUCGAGAUCUGGUCCAUAUGUUUCUCAACCGAGCCGAGCUGCUGCCUGAAGAUGAGACGACCCAGGAACACGAAACUGGCAAGGCGGACGAAGCCCGUGUGCUUGCAGCAGACCGUUCGUCCCGUGGACUAUUCAAAGGUAUUUUUACAAGACCACCGCAUGGUCUCGGACACCGCCCACCGCACCUACCAGUUGCUCCCCACCCAAUAUGGGAUGAAGCAGACCAUGUCGAGAGAUGCCCAGCUUGCACUCACGAACUUGAAGACGGCAUGUGUAACCGCUGUGGGUGGGAGAUCGACGCUUACGGCUUCUCUGAUGAGGAUGACAUCGACGACCUUACUGAACAGACCUACAAUUCGGAAGAGGACGACAGGGAUAUCUCCCCAGACGACGAUGGAACCGAACCCUUUCAUCCCCUACCUUUUGGUUUCCACGUUCACCACGAUUUCUACGACCAAGAGAGCCAAGCAGAAGACGAGCAUUAUGCAGGUCAUCCGUUUCCUCGACCAUCUAGCAUAUCUUUAAGUGAAGAUGGUGUUAGUGAGGAUGAGGACGACGAUGGCGAGAUGGACGACUUCAUUGACGAUGAUGAAGAGCACGAUCAUCCUCGUGAGAUUGACUAUGAUGAUGAGGAUCUGGAUAGCCUGGCUAGCGAGAGGCGGCACCCAGGACAUAGGAGCCCACACCCCGGCCAUCUAGGACCGGGCACGGAGCCCAUAAUACAUCAUCCGGCAUCCACGAACUUCGCGUAUGAUUCUCAUUACGACACAUCGAGCGAAAUCGAGGAGCCAUCCUAUGAUGAAGACGAUGCGGCGCCCAGUCUGUCAUCUCGGCCAAUAUACAACAUCGACUACAAUAGUGAAUCAUCCGGAGACGAAGAUGUCACAGUUCAGAACGGUGACGACAGUCAGACGGAUGAUCAGACGAAUUACGACUCGGACGGCUCAUCGGUCCAAGAAGUUCCGCCUCCUUCCCACACCACUGGGUUAACAAAUCGGAGGGGCAAUCGCCGCAUAGUCGACAGCGACGAUGAAGAGGAAGACGGAACCGGAGUCGACGAGCAGGUUCCACCACCAUUCUCGGAGGAGGACUCCGAAGUUUCAGAGGAAUCCGAUGACACCGCCAUUCGUGGCCCACCCCAAUCAUCCGCUCUUCGUCAACGACGGCUCAGGCAGCGUAGGGCGACUCACAGCCAACGCAGCGAUCGAGGACUGAGUGCGGGGGGACCAUCGAGGUACAGCAGCUACAGUCGAAGUCCGCCGCCAUCCAGACGACGAGGUCAACGACUCCAGCCAGUGCUUGAUCUGACACAAUCUCGCCCCAUGCGUGUGCACUAG